AUGAGACUAAAAGAAUAUCGUAUUCCGAUUCCUUUAACUCUGGAUGAAUAUCGGCUUGGUCAACAAUGGACGGAAAUCGAAUUGCUUAAAGAAACUUUGAAAACAUGUACAACAUGUAUAAAAACUUAUGAUAACAUAACUGAACAGGAACGUUUAAAUAUGAUCAAUGAAAAAAUUCCUUUAGAAUUAAAAAAUAAUAUAACAUCAUCGACAAUAGUAACACAUAAAAAAUAUAAUAUUAAAGAUCAAACGCCUAAAUUUCUGGAAGUAUUAUUUUCUAAACCUAAAACUGAUCUUAUGUUAGAUGAAUAUUCAUGGGAUAAUUGGCCAUAUACAUUGACAAUUAUUGAAAAUACUGAUUAUUAUAUACGUAUUAUUAUACAAAGUUAUUACAUAAAUAAUAAUUUAUCGAUUAUAAAUAAUAAUUCGCCAUUAAAUUUUCCGCUUAAUAGUGAACAAAUAAAAUAUUUAAAAGAAUAUGAAAUAAUUAAUAUUGCUGAGAGAUUAGAUGAAAAACACGAUUAUCGUAUAGAUGAGGAUCCGACAAGAAAUUCGUCGACGAAAAAACCGAAUAUUUUACCAUUACAGUUAAAUACGAAAUGGUAUGAAAAUUGGCCAAAUCAAAAAUCAUCUAUGUGUGUUCAUAAGUUAAUUGAACUUAUUACAGUUAAUGAAAAUAAUGAUGGGAAAUCAUUUUUCACAAAAACAACAGAUAAAAUUUUAGUAAAAAUAUUUUAUAAUUUAUUUUCUUUAAAAAGAAAUAUUGAUGUUUGUUUUCUUUUCGUUUUUAAGUGGUCAUCAAUAGUCAAAAUACAAAAAAUGAUUUAUCAUCGUUUUCAUCAAAAAAUGAUUUGCAGUAUUGAUAAAUGGAUUGAUAAAACUCAUUCAGAUAUUCGGGAAGAAGAAAAAUUAUUGAAAAAAUAUAUUCUACAGCAGCAAACUUAA